UUUUGUUUUACGGUUUCCUUUCUCCCUAAAUUUUGCUCUUUUUGGUAUUUGUCGUGGAUUUUACCAAAACAAGCAAGGGUGACCGGAUGAGGUUUUCUCUCAUAGAAUAAGUAUAGAUAUAUGUAAUAAACAAUAACAUCAUAAUAGGUAAAAAUUUGUUUCUUUAAAUGGUUGGGCUUGGUUGGAAGAGCUUUGAUAAAGAAACAAAGAAUGAGUGAGGGAGAGAGAGAGACAUGAAUGAAUAAGGAAAGGUAGCUGUAUGUCGGUGCUUGCUGCUUUGGUUUGUGACUAGAAAAAGAACCUAGAAUCAAUCAAUCACAACAAGCACAUAAAUAACAGAUACCUUCUCUCUUUGUGCAGUAAUAGGUUAUGUAACUUUGCUGUAAUAGUCUGGUCUUUAUUGUUCACAAUAAAUCAAAAUUUUCUUUUUUUCCAAUUUAUUUUACUUUCUCUUUCUUCCAUUUUAGCGUUUGUUUGCACUCCUCUCCAACACAGGCUUCCUGGGUUUUUUUGCCUAUUUGGUUUUAGAAAGAUGGUGAGAGGAAAGACUCAAAUGAGGCGCAUAGAGAACGCCACAAGCAGGCAAGUUACUUUCUCCAAACGCCGUAAUGGGCUGCUAAAGAAGGCAUUUGAGCUCUCAGUUCUUUGUGAUGCUGAGGUUGCCCUUAUUGUCUUCUCUCCAAGAGGCAAACUCUAUGAAUUCUCAAGCUCCAGCAUGCAGGGGACAAUUGAACGUUUUCGUAAGCAUGUGAAAGACACUCAAGUAACCAAAAAGAUAACUGAUGAAAACAUGCAGCAUCUGAAGACUGAAGCUGCAAGCAUGGUUAAGAAAAUAGAACACCUUGAAACUGCUAAAAGGAAAUUACUGGGUGAAGGUCUGGGUUUAUGCACUCUUGAAGAACUACAGCAGAUAGAACAACAGUUGGGGAGGAGUGUAAGCAGCAUUAGAGCUAGAAAGAAUCAGGUUUUCAAAGAACAGAUUGAGCGACUACAAGAAAAGGAGAGACUAUUGGCAGCUGAAAAUGCAAGACUCUCGGAAAAGUGUGGGAUCCAACCGUUGCAAGGGUUUAAACAGUUAGGAGAACAAAACAUGCCCAGUGAAGAAAGUAGCCCAGUUUCAGAUGUGGAGACUGAACUUUUCAUUGGGCUACCGGAAACCAGAAAUAAGCGUUGCCGUCCAAGAAAUUGAUGGAAGGUGGUCCAAACCACUCUUAAUCAAUCAAUCUAUCUAUCUAUCUAUCUAUAUAUAUAUAUUACAUCUAGCUUCAACCAUUAAUAAUAAAGGCUGUUGUAUGGUAAAUGUAAUUUCUGUAGCAUGUUGAAGAAACUUGAAUCUUGAUAUGUAUUUAACAAUUAAAUAUAUAUAGCUACUUCAAUUUUUAUCUA